AUGGAGCAGGAGCUAAUAAUGAUGCAAGCGGGAAGCCAUCCUGCACUUCUCGAAAGGUUAAAACAGUUAGAUGAUCAAACGAAAAAAUCCCUACAGCACAACGAAAUCGAGUACGAGGUGAGAAACUCUUCAACGAAAUGAAAUAAAUUUUCAACUUUUAGCGAAAGCUGAGAGAAAUCGAGGACGAAUAUCGGUACCGAAACAAUAUAAUAUUCGAAUCGACAAAAAAGAAGAUUGACGAUCUUAAAGAGACAAUGAUGAAGGUUUGUGUUCUUCGCUCAAUGGUUUCCUAGUUGAAAAAAAAUUGCUUAAGGAGUUACUAAUGCUAGAGCGAAAAAUGGAGAUCGAGUUUGCCUCCAGCGACAUUUCUAAACCAGCCGCAGCAUCUUUGAUUGAAGCUAACAAGAAAACGCUCCGAGGGUCUGUCACAGUUUUCUUGUCAUAUUGGAAAAAAAAGUUUGUAAUGACAGUCAUUUUACGACAAUCUGAAGCGUGAAAAAAGAUUGUUUUUCAUAAUUUUCGAAUAUUUUUCGAGGAGUUAUGCAUAAACUUGAAAAAAAACGAGUUUAGAUUUUUUUUUUCAUUAGAUUGGUCCGAAACUUUUAAGAUUUUUUGAAUUUUUAUUGUGACCAUUGAAGGAGGAAAAUCGUGUCCAACAAUUUUUAUGAAUUCGCUAGUUCUAAAGACUCUCCGGCUUGCGAUUUUGUCCUAGUUUUUUUUUCUUGGCUGAUUUCGAGGCAUUCAGGACGCGAAAAAUGCUGAAUUUAAGGCGCGGUGGAGUUCUGGUCGAACCGCCGACGUACUUUAAUUCGACGCCGAAGGCUCCGCAGCACACCCAACAGGCGCCAUUCGUUUGCUUACUCAAAGACUCCGAAGUGAAUGCCGAUUUGAAAGUUUGCCAAAUUUUACCCUCCCCGGUGAAAGUUUACCUACCUUCACAGACUGUCGUUAUUUGAUUUUUAAGGGCCGUCGAAAUUACGAUGUUGCUUUCCUGAAACAAAAGCUGAGUUACGAAGGGAAAGGGUGAGCUUUUAUUUAUUUUUUGUUCGCAAACUCCCUAUUUCCAAAAAAAAACCUUCAGGUAUAAACAAGGCGAAGAAAUAUUUUUGGAGUCGAGCGAGUACGGCAAGUUCACUGCAAAGAUUGAAAAUAUUAAUGAGAGGAUUGUCACUUUUAAAGCAUCUCAGGUUAGUUUUCAAAGAUAUCCGUUUAGAAAAGGGGGGGGGGGUAGCUUCAAACUUAUCUUAGAACCGCCAUAGGCAGAGGUAGGAUGACCCGCCGAAGCUUUUUUAAUUCCUCAAAAAUAAAGUUCUUUUCGAAUUCCUAAUUAGUGCAAAAAUUAUCUUCUUCACUCUUUUUUAUUUUUUCAUAAAGAAGCUCACCGAAAAAUUAAAAAAUGACUGGAAACGUUUUUUAAAGGCCUUUUUUCAGAACUUUUUUUCAUUAGGCUCUUUGGACGCGAAAAAUCAAAUGAAAAAUUGAGGUUCAAAUAAAUCUUCAACAAAACUCGAAUUUGCAGUAGUAAUGAUGCAUAUGAACGGAUUUCGCAAGAGACCGAGCAUAGCAUUUCGAUAGCAAUUUUUUUUAAAACUUAGUCAAACAAUCUUUUGAAUAUAAUUGACGGUUAUCUAACCAACACGAAUUCUUGAUUCUCAACGUUGUUUUUAUGGAAAUUGUAUUGGUAAUUGAAACUUUGGGCACUUGUUUUCAAAACUAGGUUAUGACGAAAAGAAAAAAGAUAGUUAUCUAUAAUGUCGAAGAGUACUUUGGCUGUUUGAGAGGGAAACCAUUGAAUUUCUAAGUGUAAAGGUCCCUCUGGCGAAGCAUUCAGACAUUUAUAUAUAAAAAAGUUUUUUUUUUCUUUGCUUUACGGUAGGAAUAAUAUUUUUGGGCGUUUUCCUAAUAUAGAAAGUCUUCGUAGAAACUGAGUGAUCGCUGGAUUUUCAAAAUAAUACUUUUGAAUAGGUGAAAAAAACAAAAGAUUACACGAAUAUGGCGUUCUUCAGCGACUUUAUAAAUACUACGAUUAAAAAGAGCCUGAUUUUCAAUGCACUCUGUUCAUGCAUUUUGAGGUUCUGAUACUCGUAAAAUUGCAGGGAAGUAUCAAAGCAUGUAAAACGGAUAUUUCCCAACGAUUUUCUUUAAACUCGUACAUUUUAUAGCUGUGCAAAUUUCAAAGUUUUUUUUUUUACAGCCGUGGGACAUGCGGCUCUUGCAUAUGUGUACCUCUGAUUUCGUCGAAGGUCGCGUCAAAGUCUCCAAAAAGAAGAACUAG